AUGACUGUUACUAGAUUAGAAGAUCUACCAAAUGAAUUGUGGUUAGAACUUUUCGUCUAUUUCACAUGGUCGGAACUAAAUUCAACAUGGUUUCAAUGGGAACUUAAUAAUCGUAUUCAAAUGUUAGCUGAGGUAGCGCGGAAUCGAGUUGCUUUGCCACUCUCGUCGAUGUCAUUUACAACGUACGGUCGAUGUUUGCACUAUUUCGAACAUGAACAUCCAAUGAUCGCUUAUCGUAUAACUUCUCUUUUGCUCAAUGAAUCAGCUGUAUCAAAUGAAAUUAUUAAUCGAUGGCUUGAAAAUGAUACAUCUUUUCUUCCACGUAUUCGACAAUGUACAGUCUAUAUAGAUCUCGUUAAUAGAUCUGUUCGCACAAAUGUUAUUCUCCUUAUUCGUCGACAUGCAUUGAUAUUACGUCGUAUUGUAUUUUAUUUCGAUAACAGAUAUUUUAAAUGGGGAAGUUCUUUAGCGAAAUGUGCCACUUAUUCUCAUCAAAUCUUUACAUUUCCAAAUACUGUUCGUUUUCGUCUCUCGUUACAAUAUAUAUCUGAUUUAGCACUAUUGAUGCAAUGUGAUACUUUACCGCGCAUAGAACAUCUUCAUAUUACAAUGGAAAAUGGAAUAUAUACUUCACAUAAAUUACACAAUGAAUAUGAAGAUACAUCUUGUCUUACAUUAUGUCCCAAAGAUUUCAAUAUAAGUCGAGCUAGUCUAACACAUUUACGUACAUUACAAUUGAGACAAGUAGCCGUUACUAAUGUUAUUGUAUUGAUACAACAUGUGAAAUCAAUGAGUCAAGUUGAAUCAUUAAUUUUGAUGAACUGUAAUGUUAAAGGUAUGUAUUGUUAA